ACAAAUGCAGCCCUGAAGACACGGUCAAUAUUGACCAGGGCUAGCAGCAUUGCUACAUGAUAAUGUUUCCCAUAUGUUUUUGUGAUUUUUUUUUUUAGGUAAAGCUGAUGUGAACAGAGUCUAAGGCUAUUAUCUGAUUAAGUUAAACCUUACGUUCAGGUCAAUGACUUAGACCGAUACUCUAUUUUGAAAGUAACAAACAGGAUGUUGGGGGCACUUUCUCUGACUUCACUCGGUGGGGUUACCAUAGAUUCACGUCGCCAUGGCCAGCCGAAAAGCUUCGCAGCCAAAGCGGGAUAGUGGGGACAAAUACUCAAUACUAUUACCUACCUACAACGAAAGGGAAAACCUCCCUUUGAUAGUAUGGCUUCUGGUGAAAUAUUUCGGUGAAAGUGGCUACAACUACGAGAUAAUUGUCAUUGACGACGGAAGCCCUGAUGGGACGCUGGAGGUGGCAGAGCAGUUGCAGAAAAUCUAUGGAGAAGAUAAGAUACUUCUACGACCAAGAGCAACCAAAUUAGGCCUUGGCACUGCUUACAUCCACGGCAUUAAGCAUGCUACUGGGAACUUCGUCAUCAUAAUGGACGCAGAUCUUUCCCAUCAUCCCAAAUUCAUCCCAGAAUUUAUUAAAAAGCAGAAGGAAGGUGAUUACGACCUGGUGUCUGGCACUCGAUACCAAGGCAACGGAGGUGUUUACGGCUGGGACCUGCGCAGGAAACUCAUCAGCCGGGGAGCCAACUUUCUGUCUCAGGUGUUGUUGAGACCCGGAGCCUCAGACCUCACCGGCAGCUUCAGGUUGUACAAGAAGGCGGUGUUGGAGAGUCUGGUGGAGCGCUGCGUAUCCAAAGGCUACGUCUUUCAGAUGGAGAUGAUCGUCCGCGCCAGACAGCUCAACUACACAAUCGGAGAAGUUCCCAUCUCCUUUGUGGAUCGGGUCUACGGAGAGUCCAAACUGGGAGGAAACGAGAUUGUGUCCUUCGUGAAAGGACUGAUCACGCUCUUCGCCACCACAUGAUCAGUUCUGUUGGACAUCCCACAGUUAGAUAAUGUUACCGCGACUUUGAAGUGGCUGUCUUAAACACAGUAGUUGUAUCAGAAUUUCAAUGGGGGGGGGGGGGGGGAAGGCUCUGCUUGUCUACAUGGGCAGACAGUGACAUGACAGCAAUUGACAAGGGAGACAUGUUGGCAGUAAAUAUAAAGUCAGUAGUGGUCUUGAACACUGCAGCCACAUAGUGCUCUACAUUCCCAUCACCCUCUCUAAUGACAUCUUGAUUCAUGGACAUGAUUCCCUCUGCGCACAGCUGAAUCAACUGUCACAUGGGUUUAAGUACAUGUUUACUGCUACACCAGUGAUUGUUUGUAUACAAUUAAAACGUUUGUAUUGUUGGA